UCUUUGUAACAUUGAAGCGGAAACCAGAAUCGAGGAAACAGAAAUGACAUUUAUUUUAAGGCCUUCUUCAUGGAAAUACAUAAUAAAAAGAGCACUCUUGCCAGUGAAUCAGUUAACGAGUACACCAAACUUCGAAUUCCAUACGUCAAAGUAUUCUUUUCACGGUGAAUAUGAAAUGCAAGAUCCGAAAUCGGAAGCUGAUGUUGUUAAUAUAACGUUUAUUGAUAAGACAGGAAAAAGGAUACCUGUUAAAGGAAAAGUAGGAGAUAAUGUAUUAUACUUAGCUCAUAGAUAUGGAAUUGAAAUGGAAGGAGCUUGUGAAGCAUCUCUUGCGUGUACCACUUGUCAUGUAUAUGUCCAUAACAAUUAUACAGAUAAAUUGUCAGUAGCCGAAGAAAAAGAAGAAGAUCUGUUAGAUUUAGCACCUUUUUUAAAAGAGAAUUCUAGAUUAGGUUGUCAAAUUAUAUUAACAAAAGACCUAGAUGGCAUAGAAUUGGAAUUGCCACAAGCAACAAGAAAUUUCUAUGUAGAUGGUCAUACACCAGCUCCACAUUAA